AUGCAGCAAACAAACAUAGCACUUAGCAAUAGCUACUGAGCCUUAUGCUUCAAAAUAGUUUACAUCUACGAUUUAGGUGUUCAGAGCUCUCUAAAAGGGAUUACUUGGGCUGAAAAUGUUGACGUGUGGAUUAACACAUAACUUUAGUGUAAAAUUUAAGGCGUGUACUUAACAUUAGGCUUACAUAGUGACAGGUUAGCUCACGCUAGCAGCAAACCUCAGAGUAUACUGUAAGUUAUAUUUGUCAACUUGUGUGUUUUUGCAAACCCAUUAUUCUGGAGGUCAACGUCAAAUGAUCAAAACGGUUACAAAGUACCAUUGAGAAUUACGCCAAGAGGCUCCGCUGUUAGUCUCUGGCACAUAAGAGGGAAAUGUACAUGAACACAUAGUUCGUAUGAAGUAACCCUUUUUGGAACUUUGAAUAGCUGAUUAGCUAUUCAUCGUCAUGGCGGGUGCUUUCGCAGCCAAAAUCGGACUCAACUCAUUAAUGAGGAAACAAUCCAGAAACUUCAACGUGAGGAUCUGCACAAUGGAAUCGGACAUGGAGUUCAGCUGUGAGGUCAAAUGGAAGGGAAAAGAUCUCUUUGAUUUGGUAUGUCGAACUUUGGGACUAAGGGAGACAUGGUUCUUUGGCCUCCGAUACAACAUCAAGGACACAGUGGCUUGGUUAAAGAUUGACAAAAAAGUUCUGGAUCAAGAGGUACCAAAAGAAGAACCGAUCACACUUCAUUUCCUGGCCAAGUUCUACCCAGAGAAUGCUGAGGAGGAGCUAGUACAAGAUAUCACACAGCAUCUCUUCUUCCUGCAGGUGAAGAAGAAGAUCCUUGAGGAAGAAAUUCACUGUCCACCUGAGGCGUCUGUGCUGCUGGCCUCCUAUGCUGUCCAUGCAAAGUAUGGAGACUAUGACCCUAAUGUUCACAAACCUGGUUUCUUGGUUGAGGAGGAGCUGCUGCCAAAGAGGGUGAUUAACCUGUACCAGAUGACUGCAGAAAUGUGGGAAGAGCGGAUUACAGCUUGUUACGUAGAACACAGGGGCAGGACAAGGGAUGAAGCGGAAAUGGAGUAUUUAAAAAUAGCUCAGGAUCUGGACAUGUAUGGAAUCAAUUACUUUGGAAUCAGGAAUAAAAAGGGAACAGAUCUUCUUCUGGGAGUGGAUGCCCUGGGCUUGCACAUUUAUGACCCAGACAACAGGCUGACACCCAAAUGCUCCUUCCCAUGGAAUGAGAUCCGCAACAUCUCCUACAGUGACAAGGAGUUUACCAUUAAACCUUUGGACAAGAAAACCAGUGUUUUCAAAUUCAACUCUUCACGGUUGAGGGUCAACAAACUGAUCCUCCAGUUGUGCAUUGGGAACCACGACUUGUUCAUGCGGCGGCGGAGGGUAGACUCUCUUGAAGUACAGCAGAUGAAAGCCCAAGCCAGAGAAGAAAGAGCCAGAAAACAGCUUGAGAGGCAGCAUCUCCAGCGGGAAAAGCAGCUGAGGGAGGAGGCAGAGAGGGCCAGAGAUGAACUGGAGAGGCGGCUAAUUCAGUUACAGGAUGAGGCCCACAUGGCCAAUGAGGCUCUGCUGCGUUCUGAACAGACGGCCGACCUGCUGGCAGAAAAGGCCCAGAUUGCAGAGGAGGAGGCCAAGCUGCUGGCCCAGAAAGCUGCUGAGGCUGAGACAGAGAUGCAGCGCAUCAAGGUCACUGCCAUUCGUGGCCGGGAAGAGCGACGGAUCAUGGAGCAGAAGAUGCUAGAGGCAGAGAUGCUUGCCCUCAAGAUGGUCGAAGAGUCAGACAGGAGGACCAAGGAGGCUGAGCAGUUGAAACAGGACCUGCAGGAAGCCAGGGAGUCAGAGCGCAGGGCAAAGCACAAGUUACUGGAGAUUACCAGCAAGGCUUUCUACACGUCGCCGGGACUGGCAGGGAACAGCAUGCUGCCUGACCUGAGCUUCAGCAGGGAGAACCUCAGCUUUGACUUCAAAGACACUGACAUGAAACGUCUCUCCAUGGAGAUUGAAAAGGAAAAGGUGGAGUACAUGGAAAAGAGCAAACACCUGCAGGAGCAGCUGAAUGAACUGAAGACAGAGAUUGAAAGUCUGAAGAUGAAAGAACGAGAAACUCCUUUGGACAUUAUUCACAACCAAAAUACUGAACAGGGAACCAGCAAGCACAGCAACUUUAAAAAGUUAACACUACAGAGCACCAAGUCCAGGGUGGCCUUCUUUGAAGAACUUUGAACGUCAUAUAUGAUGGAGAUGUACGAAGGCCAAGAAUCUACUGUUUCUACAUUCCUGAUCACUUUAGUGGUUGACCAUGCUGCUGUGACUCACUGUUUCUGGAAAGGAAACAAAACAGAUUUUUCAGCUCCAGUGGAAUCUUAGUUUCUCCACUAAAUCUGGGAUUCUUUAAAAAAAAGUGUUUACAUUGAGACCAUGUGAAGUAUCUCUAAACACGUACUGAGCAAAACCUUCAACACAACACUGAUGUGAUCAUUGUAGAUUGAAUAUACUUACACAUUUAGUGUACUUUGUAUGGUUUACUGCAAAUCAAAGUCUUCUGAAAACAGACUUUAUGGUGGCAAAGUUAUUGUCCUUCUGGACCAAUAUAUUUGUUUGGUUUCACAAAUCAGCUUUGUGCAAACUGUCUUGGUUGUUGUGGGUCUCUCUGGUUUAUGCAGCAUUCACAGUAGCAGGACGCUUGGGUACCGCCUGAAUGAUUUUGUAUCAGACGAGCAGUUACUUAGGGAGACUAAGAUGAGGAGUGUCACUUCCAUUGUGAGGGAGCAUCAGGUUUGACAUUUAGACCAUGUGGUAUGUUUCUCUAUGCUUGAUCAUGUGCCAUAGGUCCUUGAGUGUUGAGAUCCGAAGUGGUUGCAGAAGGUCAAUGGGAGGCCACAUGCUUCAUCUGGCUGCAGCAGAAAGAUGCUUAUGUUAACAGAUGUGUGGAUGGACCGGUUGUCUGCCUGGGUGGUUCCCAUUCAGGACCAAAAACGGUUUUAUGACAUCAUGGAUGUGGUGAAGCACAGCACCAGAGCAUGCUCC